AUGACCAUCACGAUCCGGCCAGCAACUGAGGACGACCUACCCCAGGUCCGUGAAAUCUUUGAGCACUAUGUACUGAAUACUGUUGUUUCAUUCCUGGUGAAGAAGCCGCCUUCCGAUUAUAUUGCAUCCAGGUUCCGGGAAAUCACCGCGCGCAACCUCCCUUAUCUCGUUGCGGUCGACGACAAUACCCAAAUUGUCGGCUACUCAUACGCGUCGGCUUUUCGCGGUUACAUGAUAGGGUAUAGCCAUACAGUGGAAAUCAGUCUCUUCUGCCAUCCCGCCCAUACGAACAAAGGUAUCGGCAGCCAAAUGAUCAAGCGGCUUAUCGACUUGCUCCGCACCACCCGACAUUCCACCCGAGAGAUUGGCUACGACGACCACCCGCUGGAGUCCGACGUGAAGAAAGUGAUGGCGAUCAUGGCGGUUGACGAGACGGCUCCUGGCGAGGGCCUGGCUCUACGUGACUGGUACAAGAGAUGGGGUUUCGAAGAGGUCGGCAGACUAAAGGGAGUGGGAUUCAAACUGGGCAGGAUCAUCGACACCAUCUAUCUCGAGCUACACCUACAGUAA